AUGCGGAUUGUGGUAUGCGGUGACGAUGGUGUGGGGAAAUCGUCGCUUAUCACGGCGCUAGUUAAAGAUAGGUUCGUUCCGCACAUCGAGGACGUUCUGCCGCCGCUCUUUAUUCCCCGUGGAAACAUCACGGUGACUGUGGUUGACACUUCUGCUCAGCUGUCUGCUCGCAAUACCCUGAAAUCUGAAUUGCGGCAAGCGAACGUAUUGUGGCUGGUUUUUUCGGAUCACUAUACAUGUGAACGUAUUUCACUGUUCUGGAUGCCAUUUCUGCGAUCCAUUGGAGUGAAUCUCCCGGUAAUUCUCUGUCAAAACAAGUGCGAUGCUGAUUCGGCAGAACAGAACGACAAUGACGACGAUGAAGUGCUUAAUAUCAUGAACGAGUUCAAGGAGAUCGACUCAUUUAUUCGUUGCAGUGCAAAGGACAAGUUCAACGUUAGUGAAACCUUCUACCUUUGCCAAAGGGCCGUUACGUAUCCGCUUGCUCCACUGUUUGAUGCGAAAGAGGGUCAACUCAAGCCAGCGGCAGUGAGUGCGUUGCGGAGAAUUUUUUUUCUUUGCGACCAAGAUCAGACCGAAUACAUGACGGAUCUGGAGUUUUUGCAGUUGCAAUUCCAAUGUUUCCAGUCUAGUCUCGACCAGUCCGAUAUUGAAAGUAUCCACCGCGCGUUGCUCGACCGGUCAGUGGACCCCAAAAAACCCCUCUACAUCCCUGGAAAAGGUAUAACGUGCGACGGAUUCGUUGCUCUGGCCCAGCUGUAUGCCGAGCAAGGAAGACACGAAACAGUUUGGGGGAUUCUGAGACACUUUCAUUACACAGACUCGUUGUGUCUAGAUGAGCGCUAUCUGUGCCCCUCUGUGGAUGUACCCACCGGAUCUCAUGUCGAAUUGAGUCCCAAUGGCUACAGAUUUUUGGUUGAUCUGUUUACAUUGUUCGACAAGGACGACGACGGGGGCCUGAGUCCGGACGAACUUGAUAUAUUAUUUGCCCCCACUCCUGGAUUUCCAAAGCUAUGGACCGAUACCCAAUUCCCGUACAGCACGGUUCGGAAUGAAAGGGGAUACGUAACACUUCAAGGUUGGUUAGCUCAGUGGUCAAUGACGGCUUUUCUUAACCACCAGACUGCUUUCGCAUAUUUGGCCAUGCUUGGCUAUGAAUCAAAAUACGGCGCGGGGAAACUCACUUCGGCGAUUCGUAUAACAAAGGCAGCAAAACCCCGGAAUCCUCGCUCCAAAAUUUACAGAAAUGUGUGCUACAGCGACCGCAAUGUUUUCAAUUGUUUUGUACUGGGUGCAAGUGGGUCAGGGAAGUCCGUUCUGUUAUCAUCGUUCUUGGGUCGUUCGAGCUCCUAUACAUACUCACCGACGAUCACCAUGCAAAUGAUGGUCAACUCGGUGGAGAUGCCAGGCGGCAAACAGUGCUACCUGAUUUUGGAGGAACUAGGCGAGCUGGAACCAGCAAUUCUUGAAAACCCUCAGAAACUAGCGCAGUGUGAUGUGCUUUGCUUCUGCUACGAUUCUUCAGACCCAGAGAGUUUUUCCUACCUUACCCAACUACGUGAAAAAUACCGACAACUCGAUCAAUUGCCUGUGGUAUACGCUGCUUUGAAGGCUGAUCUUGACAGACAACAGCAGCGUACAGAUGUCCAACCUGAUAGAUACACCACCCAAAUUGGACUUGCUGCCCCAUUACAUGUCUCUGCUGAGUGGCCGUCUUCGUUGAGCGCGCUGUUUGUGCAGUUGGUUGAUGCGGCAAUGCGACCAGGCCCGGCGACUCCUCAAAUUGCUGAUAUGCCUGAAGAGGACUCCGUGUACCAGGUAAUUUUGGCGAUUGGUACAACAGCUAUGGCGGCCGGUGUCGCAUAUUUAUUAUGGAGAAGGUCUUUGUAG